AUGGUGCGGCAUCCGGAAAGGAGGAAUGCAAAAUCAAUCGGUCCCAUUUUGACGUUGGGCGGCCGAGGGCUGUAUUCCGUGGUGAAAAAUCUAGCGCUCCCGAAUGUUUCUGUUGAAUUGCCGUUCGAGAAGUUGAAAUCCCUAUUGCUGGACCACAUUCUCCCAGUGGAUUUUCAGGCCACUGAACGGGCCAAGUUCAACUCAAUGAUCAGAGCUGCCAACAUGCCGUGCCGUAAAUUCAUCCUUCAGUUGAACAAACAAGCGUCAAAAUGA